AUGGGGCCCUGCAAUAAACGGGAUAGGACCAAGUUAAACUGGACAGUUGAGACAACGAACGCUUUUCAGACGCUUAAAUCACAGUUGGCAGAGACAACACUGAUCGCUUACCCCGCUAAAGGCGCUACUAUUGCGCUUAUGUGCGACGCUUCAGACACCGCAAUGGGCGCAGCACUUCAACAGCUAGUAAAUGGGGAAUGGCAGCCAUUGGGUUUUUUUUCAAAAAAACUUACGCCAACCGAACGACGGUACAGCGAAUAUGAUCGUGAGUUGCUCGCGAUAUACAGAGCAAUUCGUAAUUUCCGCUACUUCCUCGAAGGAACUAAUUUCGUAAUUUUUAGCGACCACAAGCCGUUGACACAGACUUUCAACCAGAAAUGGGAGAAGCUGUCACCUCGCCAGACGCGUCAACUAAAUUUCAUAAGCCAGUUCUCAUCGGACAUCAGACAUAUCAGUGGGGCCGAUAACCUCGUCGCCGACAUGUUAUCGCGGAUAGAAUCAAUCGUAAUGCCAUCGCCAUUGGACCUGCAGCUGCUGCACGAUGAACAGAGCCAUAGCGACGAAUUAAAGAAAUUGCUAGACGACGACAACACAUCCCUACGUUUGGUUAAGCACACACUUCCUGGAACAAGCGUCGAGAUUGUUUGUGACACCUCCACCGGAAAGCUUCGACCGUACAUUCCAGAAGCCUUGCGUCAAGUGGUUUUCAACGCUAUGCACGGCCUAGCGCAUCCAGGAGCAAAGUCAACUUGUAAGCUCAUAUCAAAAAGUUUCGUCUGGAAGGGUAUGAGCUCGGACCUGCGGGCACGUGUGCGUGGUUGCCCAGCUUGCCAACGGUGCAAAAUCUCACGCCAUACUAGGAGCGAGUUAGAAACAUUCGACGUGCCUAGCAAGCGGUUUGUACACAUAAACAUCGACAUCGUUGGACCGUUUCCGCCAUCACGCGGUUACAUGUACUGUUUGACAUGCGUCGACAGAUUUUCAAGAUGGAUUGAAGCCAUACCGCUAGCGGAUAUGAGAACUGAAACCGUGGCAAAGGAGCUGCUCAACGGGUGGAUUAUCACAAGAGCAAUUGAAAUCGAUAAAAAUGCACGUCAGACUGAUUCAAGCGCUUUAGAAGAUGAUAGAAUGGAAGUUGAAAGUCAACGUCAUGAAGACGGUAGUGAAACCAGUGAUGAAUCAGGAAAUAGUUCUGAUGAAUCCGAUAAAAACGACGAAAAAGAUGACGAGUAUGGCGUGGAUAAGAUGCAAUCGAAGACUAAAAAACAUUAUCCUGGCCAUAUAAAAAGACCAAUGAAUGCAUUUAUGGUUUGGAGUCAAAUGGAAAGAAGAAAGAUUUGUGAAAAGACACCUGAUCUGCACAAUGCAGAAAUAUCGAAAGAACUGGGCCGGCGUUGGCAACUUCUAGGCAAGGAAGAAAAACAACCUUACAUAAUUGAAGCAGAAAACUUACGUAAACUACACAUGAUAGAAUAUCCCGACUAUAAAUAUAGGCCCCAGAAAAAGCAGUCGCGACAACCCUCCUCUAGACAUAAUGAAAAAGAAGAGCGCAAAGGGCAAAAUCAUGAUAUCAGAAAGAAAAGAAUGCUAUCUUCCAUGGAACGAAAAUGUAAACAAAGUCUAAUACCGAACAAUCAAGAUGGAAUUAAUCGCCGAAAUCGGUGCUGGAAGAAAAGCUCUAGCAAUACAAAGAAGCAUAAUGGAACAAGAAAUACGACCACUUCUUACGACUCUGCGAAAAUAUGCAUGGUAGGAGAACGUGCCCAUUAUCUAUCGGGUACAUCAAAUUAUAGGAGCUUUUGCAGUGAUCCAAUUAUCUGUGAUAUCAACUCAGGGAUUGUAGAUAAUUUAACUAACUUAAAUCCCAUUGAACCGUCCGACUAUCAUGAACUCAAAAAUAACUCUCAAUAUCAAAUUGAAGAUGUGUUAAAAAUAAUAAAUCCUGACAACUUUUUUGAAACUCCAUUUGAGUUUCAAAAUACCAAAAAUGAUUUUUCUCAUGACAAUACACAGACCCCUGAACAAUCAAAUGUCAACAAUGUUUCUCAGAUCUCAUAUUUUGAAAAAGCUAAAAUAGAAGAGGAAAACAGCAUUGUAAAUGAUGCUAAUUUACAUCUUGCCAGUCACCAUUUGCAUCACAUACAGUAUCCAUACGAAACAGCUAAAUUACCUGUUUUUGAUUCACUAAUAUCUUCUCGGGAUAGCCAUAAUCACUCAAGUAUUAUUAACUCCUCAACUGAUGAUACCAAUUGUGACAUUAUAAAUCAGUCAUUAUAUUGCACAGAUGAGUGUAUAUCCGAAAAUCAAGAUUCUGCGAUACAACAACAAACCGUGACAAUGAAUAUUGAAAUUCAUAAUAGUAACCGCAUUUGUGGAAAUGUUGGGAACACGGGAUUUAUAGCCGGUGAUGAUAUGUAUGCAAUAUCAAUCCCCUGUGCUAGUGUCGACAGCGAUUGUAGUAUUCUGACAUCACCCCAUUCACCACAAAUAGGACAUAAUAUUAGUGCCAACAGUGCGGUGUUAGAUACUAGUAGUGCAAAUAUAUUCGCACUUUCAAGCGCUAAUUCUAAUCAACUAUCUCAAACGGAUACUCUUAAUUCUUCUAACUAUACGUUUUAUGAUACCAAUGGAGCUCUUCUUGCUUUUACAUACGACGACUUACCACCGCAAUCUACAGGCAGCCAUUUGGAGUUUAACAACAGAUAUGAGUUUUCUAGUCUUUAAAUACAAAUAUGAAUAAGAACAAAUACAUUAUUUAAUAUUGUUUAUCAUAAAAAUUUAAGACAUUGUCAAAGUAAAUGUUCAUAGUAUAAAAAUUUAAAUUUUAUCCCUGCUUUAAUAAUAUAUACUCAAUAUGUAUGCAAAAACAUAGCUUUGGUGUAAUUACACAGUGCGACAAGAUUCUACGUAUUUGAUGAAAGCAAGAGUAAAUGAGAAUAUACACCCCCACAUAGAAAGGAUUUUUAGGAUAUACUAAGAUCCUUUAAAGUAUUUAUAGUUGGUUGCUUAUUUUUUUGGAGAAAAAAUAAUGUUUCUUUGGGGAAAAUUAAAUUUUUAUUAACCAAAAUAAUAUUUUUCAAUACAAGAGAGGUUUUUUA